AUGGAGUUGUUCUGUAUCAACGGUGAUGCUGCUGCUGCUGCUGCAGCAGACAGCAGCAGCAGCAGCAGCAGCACCAGCAGCAGCAGCAGCAGUAGUAGUGGUGCGAAUAGUAGUGGUGCGAACGGUGGAACAGCAGCAUCAACAGCAGCAGCAGCAACAGCAGCAGCAGCAAGCAGCAGCAGCAACCGCCAGAACAGCAGCAGCAGCGCAGCAGCAGCAGCAGCAGUAGUGGUGCGAAUAGUAGUGGUGCGAACGGUGGAACAGCAGCAGCAACAGCAGCAGCAGCAACAGCAGCAGCAGCAAGCAGCAGCAGCAACCGCCAGAACAGCAGCAGCAGCAACAACAACCACCACCACCAGCACCACCACCACCAGCAGCACCACCACCACCACCACCAGCAGCAGCAGCAGCAGCAGCAGCAGCAGCAAGGAUAUCUAUAUAUCUCGUGUUCUAAUCCAAGAGCAGCUGCAGCAGCGGCUGCUGCAGAUACACCGCAGCAGAAAGCAGCAGCAAAUGCUGCACCACCAACGUGUAUUGCGUUCUCUAUGCAAGGGGGGAUACACCGAAGGGAUUAUAAACCUAAAGGGAGGGUUUUGUGUUAUAGAUGCUCUUGCUGUUGCUGAACAAACUAAAAAAACCUCAUUCGUACUACUCAAAGAUGGACCGCCAGGUUUUUGUGUUAUCGAUGCUCUUGCUGUUGCUGAACAAACCAAGAAAACCUCAUUCGUACUACUCAAAGAUGGACCGCCAGGAGCAAAUUUGUUUUUAUACGGUAUACCUACUGGGUGGCGUGAGCUGGAGUUGAUGAAGCUGGUGGGCCCCUUUGGCCACGUCGUCGGCAUUAGGGUUCCUUAUGGUGCAGCAGCAGAUAAAAAUGCUGCUGCUGCUGCUGCUGCUGCUGCUGCUGCUGGCGGUGGAGCUCCUGCUGCUGCUGGUGGUGGGGGGGGAGGUGCUGGGGGAGGUGCUGCUGCGGGUGCUGCUGCUGGUUCUGCUGCGAAUAGCAGCAGCAGCAGCAGCAGCAGCAGCAGCAGCAGCAGUAGUAACAGCAGCACAAACAGCAGCAGCAGCAGUUUAUCUUUAUCUAGCAGCAGCUGCUGUAACAGCAGCACAAACAGCAGCAGCAGCAGUUUAUCUCUAUCUAGCAGCAGCAGCACGAGUACAACCCCUCCCCCUUCCACCCCACCAACAACCACAACCACCACAGAGUACAACCCCUCCCCCUUCCACCCCACCAACAACCACAACCACCACAACCACCGCAACAACAAGCAGCAGCAGCAGCAGCAGCAGCAAGCAGCUGAUGCACUGCAGCGAGAGUAUCCUGCUGCAGGCAGCAGCAGCAGCAGCAGCAGCAAGCAGCUGAUGCACUGCAGCGAGAGUAUCCUGCUGCAGCAGACAGCAGCAUGCGGCAGAGGUUAUGGUUUUGCUUCUUUCGCAGACAGAGAAGCAGCAUUUGCUGCUUAUAGGGCUCUAUCGGAGCGGCCUCUGGGGGGGAGGAAGCUGCGUAUACAGCUGAAGAAUGGCGACGAGAAGCUGCUGCCGUUGUCUUUACAAGACAUAGUUGUGGGGCGACAGCAGCAACACUCAAAUAGAGGUUAUGGGUUUGCUUCUUUCGCAGACAGAGAAGCAGCAUUUGCUGCUUAUAGGGCUUUAUCGGAGCGGCCUUUGGGGGGGAGGAAGCUGCGUAUACAGCUGAAGAACGGCGACGAGAAGCUGCUGCCGUUGUCUUUACAAGACAUAGUUGUGGGGCGACAGCAGCAACACUCAAACCCUGCUGCUGCUGCUGCUGCUGCUGCUGCUGCUGCUGCAGUGGCAGCGGGAGCGGGAGCAGCAGCGCCGCCACCACCGCCGCCACCCGCUCUUCCGCCUCCUCCUCCUGCUGCUGCUGCUGUUGCUGCUGCUGCUGCUGCUGGGGGGGGAGGGGGUCCUGCUGCUGCUGCUGGGCAUGGAUCGCCUGCUGCAGCACAUGUGCAUGCGCAGGGAAAGAGCAGCAGCAGCAGCAGCAACAAUAGCAGCAGCAACAGCAGCAGUGCAGCAGCAGCAACAAGUGCAGGAGUUUUUGGUGGUAGUGCUGCUGCAGCAGCUAAUUCUGCUGCUGCUGCUGUUGCUGCAGCAGCAGCUGCUGCUGCUGCAGGCAGACAAGAUACACUGCAGGAGCAGCAGUGGCUUCAAGGACCCGUAUCUGCUGCUGCUGCUGCUGCUGCUGCAACACUUGCUGCUGCAGCAAGGGAUCCAUCUCUGGCAUUGAUGAUGCUGCAGCAGCAGCAGCAGCAGCAGCAGCUCCAACAGCAGCAGCAACAACUGCAGCAGCAGCAGCUGCAACAGCAGCUACAGCAGCAGCAGCAGCAGCAACAGCUGCAGCUGCAUCAUCAGCAAAUACAGUUGCAGCUGCCGGGGUCAAGCAAUGAGCAACAGCUGCAGCUGCAUCAUCAGCAAAUACAGUUGCAGCUGCCGGGGUCAAGCAAUGCUUCAGAUGCUGCAGCAGCAGCAGCAGCAGCAGCAGCAGCAGCAACUGCUGCAGCUGCAGCAAAGCGGGAGCAGCAGCUGCAGCAGCAACUGCAGCAACAACUGCAACAACAACUACAACAGCAACAGCAGCAGCAGCAGCAGCAGCAGGAGCAGCAGCAACACCAUGCUGAUCUUCUUCUUGAGGCUCAGCAACAUUCCGAUUUGCUGCUGCAUGCAUCGCUGCAGCAGGACAUGCAGCAGCAGCAGCAAGAGCUGCUGCAGCAAGAGCUGCUGCAGCAGCACGAGUUAUUGCAGCAGCAGCAUGAGCUGCUGCAGCAUGAGCUGCUGCAGCAGCAAGAACUGCCGGAGCAGCAGCAUGAACUGCUGCAGCAGCAAGAGCUGCUGCAGCACGAUCUGCUGCGAGGAAGGCAGCAGCUGCUGCUGCUCGGUCACAAGCAGCAGCAGGAUGCGCUGCUGCAGCACGAGCAGCAGCAGCAGCAGCAGCAGCAGCAGCAGCAGCAGUUGCUGCAUCUACACGAAACAGAGCUGCUGAGAGACAGUCCCCUCGAGGUCCAGCUGCAGCACUUGCUGCAGGGCCAGCAGCAGCAGCAGCAGCAGCAGCAGCAGCAAGACCUGUUGGAGCUGCAGCUGCGGAGACAGCUGGAACACCAGCAGCAGCAGCAGCAGCAGCAGCAGCAGCAGCAGCAUGAACUGUGCCGCGAUCCUUUAAGCAGACAUGAAGGUGUCAGCCGCAGCACGACACCUCACACAACAGCUGCUGCAGCAGCAGCAGCAACUGCAGCAGCAGCAGCAGCAGCAGCAGCAGCAGCAGAAGGGCGGUCAUAUCUCCACGACUUAGAUUUCUUUACUGGAGACGACCCCCAGCUGAAACAGCAGCUGCUAGCGCAGCAGCAGCAGCAGCAGCAGCAGCAGCAGCAGCAGCAGCAGCAGCUUGACUCCCUUCAAGAGGAGUUGCUGCAGCAACAGCAGCAGCAGCAACAGCAACAGCAACAGCAGCAGCAGCAGCAUGUUUGUUCCGCCAAUCUGCUUGCUGCUGCUGCUGCUGCUGGGGACCGAGUUGCAUUUGCUGCUGCAGCAACAGCGGGAAUGGGCUUAGGGAACAGCAGCAGCAACAGCAGCAGCAGCAGCAGCAGCAGCAGCAGCAGCAGCUGCAGCAGCAGCGCGCAUGCAGAAGAAUUUCUUCGGUUGCAGCCAGCAGAUGGAGCUGCUUCUAAGUGGGGUGAGAGAGGGACAGCAGCAGCAGCAGCAGCAGCAGCAGCAGCAGCAGCAAAUGCUGCUGCUGCUGAAGCAGAUGCAUCGCGCGCGCUGCAGGUCUUCUCCGCCCCCCCCCUUGCUGGCAGCACAACAGCAGAUACUGCUGCUGCUGCUGCUGCUGCAGCAGCAGCAGCAGCAGCAGCAGGUGUAUCUCCGCUUGCUGUCUCUUCUGCUUUGCCGUCAGAAGAAUCCCUGAAGCUUCCUGCUGCUGCUGCUGCUGCUGCUGCUGCUCUCGAGGAGCUGCGUCGAAGACCGCAGCAGCGCCAGCAGCAGCAGCAGCAACGACAGCAGCAGCAGCAGCAGCAGCAAGAGCAGCAGCAGCAGCAGUUUAGCUACGACAAUGUCGUAGCUGCUUCAAGCUUCAUCCGUCCCGAGUCCAGUGCUGCAGCAGCAGCAGCAGCAGCAGCUGCUGCUGCUGCUGCUGCACCAGGUACUGUAAGGCGUGUGAGAAGGAAUUACAUAGAGCCGCAGCAAAUGCUGCUGCAGCAGCAGCAGCAACAGCAGCAGCAGCAGCAGCAGCAGCAGCAGCUAGAUGUUAUCGAUGCAGCAAGCGAGUUUGGUUUGUCUAGUUUAUCUCUCGUAGAUAGAGCAGAUGUAUGUGCUGCUGAAGCAGCAGCAAUAUCUCUGCCUGCUGCUGCUGCUGCUGCAGCAGCAGCAGCAGCAGCAGCGCCACAACCACAACCAACGACAACAGCAGCAGCAGCAGCAGCAGCAGCAGCAGCACUGCAGACAGCUCGAGGGUUUCCUGCUGCUGUACCCACACCCUCAACCACCUGCUGCUCUGCUGCUAGCUUUCCUUCUCAUACUACAAGCAAGCAGCAGCUGCUGCAGCAGCAGCAAGGGGAUCAGUGGCUGCUGCAGCAGCUCAUUCGUAUGAAGCAAGAAAUAGAUUUCCUGCUGCAGCAGCAGCUGCAGCAGCUGCAGCAGCAGCAGCAAGGGGAUCAGUGGCUGCUGCAGCAGCUCAUUCGUAUGAAGCAAGAAAUAGAUUUCCUCAUUCGUAUGAAGCAAGAAAUAGAUUUCCUUAGGGCUGAGCUAAGGAUACAGGGGGCUAAGCAGAGCAGCAGCAGCAGCAGCAGCAGCAGCAGCAGCUGCAGCAGCAGCAGCAGCAGCAGCAGCAACAGCAGCGGGAGCAGCAGUGGAAGCAGCAUUAAGAAUGUAAACGGCAGUAUCAGCAGCAACAGCAGCAACAACAGCAGCAGCAGCGGUAUUAACAGCAAUACAAGCAGCAGCAGCAGCAGCAGCAGCAGCAGCAGCAGCAAGAACAACAGCAACAGCAGCAACGGUAGCCACAACAGCAGCAAGAGCAGCAACAGCAGCAGCAACGGAGACAGCAGCACAGGCUACAACCGCAACCGCCGCACCCCUGCUGGUACUAUGGUUGAUGCUGCAACAGCAGCAGCAGCAGCAGCAGCAGCAGCAGCAGCAGCAGCAGCAGCAAACACACCGACAAACGAAAAGAAUACAAACAGCUCAAGGGCACUCACACUGAGGCGCAGCAAUCGUGUUGCUCGCAGCAACAGCAACAGCAGCAACAACAACAGCAGCAGCAGCAGCAGCAGCCCACUGACGUUGCCAUUGAGAUGGAAGUGGCAGCUAAGGGAGCAGCAGCAAGAGAGCAGCAGCAGCAGCAGUGCAGCAGCAACAGCAGCAGCAGAGCGCUGUUGGUGCUUCAAUGAAGGCCUUGACUCCACUAUGCUGCAGCAGCAGCAGCAGCAGCAGCAGCAACUACAGCAGCAGCAGCGACAGCUGCAGCAGCAGCAGCAGCAGCAGCAGCAGCAAGGGGAGGGAGGCCUCAGAGGAUGGAAAUGGCAGCUAAGGGAGCAGCAGCAAGAGAGCAGCAGCAGCAGCAAUGCAGCAGCAACAGCAGCAGCAGAGCGCUGUUGGUGCUUCAAUGAAGGCCUUAACUCCACUAUGCUGCAGCAGCAGCAGCAGCAGCAGCAGCAGCAACUGCAGCAGCAGCAGUGA